AUGAGCCUCAAAGGACCAAAGCGCCAGCUAUCCGAGGCUGCGGCGGUGGUGCCACAGGUCUUUGAAUGUGUGGCUAUGGGCCGGCCCACCUCCCUGGCCCUCAAGGACGCUUAUCAUCACUCCUGGAUCACCUACCACCAUCUUAACGAGAGGGCCAACAAGCUAGCCAGAUGUAUACUGAAGCGCCUCCUAAGUUCAAGGUGUUCCAACCCUGACGGGGACAGAGUAGUGGCUGUGUGUAUGGCACCGUCCUCUCACCUCGUCACCUCCCUGCUAGCCAUACACAAGGCAGGAGCAGCAUAUCUGCCUCUCGAAGUGAUGUUUCCCGAGGCCCGUGUGACCCAUAUACUGAAGGACUCGAAGCCUGCUCUACUGCUUGCCCAUGGUCACCCUCCAGCCAUCCACACUGACCACACCAGCCCACAGCUGAAGAACAAUGUGCCAAUUCUUCACCUUGAGGACCUACAGGCAGAGAUCGACUUGGAAAGAGGUGAUGACCUGACAGCUCAAGAGGUUGGUGUGGCUCUCACUGGGUCCUCUAUUGCAGCAAUAUUUUACACUUCAGGCUCUAGUGGUAUUCCCAAGGGGGUCAGAUUGUCUCACAGAGCACUGCUCAAUCGUCUGGCUUGGCAGUGGCAGACCUUUCCUUACCAAAAAGAAGAGGUGUGUUGCUUUAAAACAACUCUCACAUUUGCGGACUCCAUCGGCGAGAUUUUUGGCCCGCUGUUAACUGGCCACCAAGUGGUCGUCAUCCCUAAGGCCGUGACUCGGGCUGUGGAUGAGAUGGUGGCCGUGCUGGAGAAAGAGAAAGUUGGAAGGCUGGUGUUAGUGCCAAGCUUGUUGAGAUCCAUUUUACUACACUGCUCUGCAGAUGAGUCUCCAAAGCUGUCAUCUCUUAGGCUGUGGGUGUGUUCUGGUGAAGUGCUCACAUCAGACUUGUUACAUUCCUUCUUUGAGACAUUCACAAAUGGCCAGAGACGUGAGGAUGGACAAGGAGCUGGUAUAUGGGGGAAGGAGUUCACAACCACAUGCGCCAUCGGGGGCAUGCGACGACCCUGCACAAAGCAACAAGACUUUGGGAUAAUAUGGCGAUUCUGA